CCUUCAUUCAUGAUUAAUAUAAAAUUUGAUGAUAUUUGUGAUGAAUAUUUUUCUUAAGUAAUGUUUAGACGAAUUCAAUGGACACAGCCGUUAUAAAAGCCGUUGCUUUUUCCUUUGUGUAUUAUAAAAAUCUCACCUUUACAAAACUCAAUUGCGGCCAUAGAUCUCUACUUCGAUCCUCUCAUGGAAUCCAAGCCUCUCGGUCUAAACCAGCUCACACCAUACCAAACAUACCAGAUUCAGAAGCAGCUCAACCAUAGGCGCAGCACAACCUCAACCCUCUCUCCAAACCAAAUCCUAAUGAAGAAACUCUCGACUUCUUCCUCCAACUCCCAGAAGCUCUACAAAGGCGUAAGGCAAAGGCAUUGGGGAAAAUGGGUCGCUGAGAUCCGUCUGCCUAAAAGCCGGACCCGGCUCUGGCUCGGAACGUUUGGAACCGCCGAGGAAGCUGCCUUGGCUUAUGACCAAGCCGCUUUUCAAAUCCGUGGAGAUGUCGGAAAGCUUAACUUCCCAGACAUCAAACACGAAGAGAUCAAUUCUCUCCCUUCCUCUGUUGAUGCCAAGCUCCAAGCUAUUUGUCAGAGUUUGAGAAACACAGAGGAGACUUGCUCUGUUUCGGAGAAAUCAGAAGACAUGUGCUCUGUUUCGGAUAAAACAGAGCUUUUCUUGACAAAAACAGAGCAUAUGGAAAUGAAAUUCUCCGAUGAUUCACCAAGAACCGACAAGAACUCGUUGUGGGAUGAGUCUAAAUUGGAAUCUUCGUAUUCAGAACAGGGCAUAACGUUCCUAGAAUUCUCGGAUUCUGAGUUCGACGAGAUUGGGAGAUUCGGACUUGUGAAGUUUCCUUCGGUGGAGAUCGACUGGGAUGCGAUUAGCAAAUUGUCUGAAUCAUAAUGCUUACGAAGUAUUUUUCCUUUGUUGGUCGUUUAGUGUGUAGCUAAUCUCCAUGUGUUGGUUUGGCUCGGUAAGUUUUAAAGUCCUUGCCGUUUAACUAACCGUAGAAAAUCUACUUAUCCGAAAACAACAGUUAUGUAAUUUUCUUUUGUUUUAUACUUCACUAGCAUAAACCCGCCCUACGGGCGGGCGAGCAAGUGAAAAGUAAUUGAAAUUAUGUUAUAUUUUAAUAUGUGUAAAUAUUUUCAAUUUAUUCUAAACUAAAAAUAAAGUUAAUAUUUAAUAUCUA